UCUUUUUGUUUGUGCCAAACAGGUAAACAAGCAUAAAUCUCAAUGGGAGAAGAAAACCAGACUUUUAUGGCUGAGUUUAUUUUCCUUGGCCUUUCACAGGACUUGCAGACCCAGAUCCUGCUGUUUAUUCUUUUUCUUAUCAUUUCUCUGUUGACUGUGCUUGGAAACCUGCUCAUCACUAUUCUCAUCUUCAUGGAUUCUCGACUUCACACCCCCAUGUACUUUUUUCUAAGAAAUCUCUCUUUCACAGAUCUCUGUUUCUCUACUAGUAUUGUCCCUCAAGUGUUGGUCCACUUCCUGGUAAAGAGGAAAACUAUUUCUUUUUUUGGGUGUAUGACACAGAUCUUUGUUUACCUUCUGGUUGGGGGCACAGAAUGCGCACUGCUGGCAGUGAUGUCCUAUGACCGGUAUGUGGCUGUCUGCAAGCCCCUGCACUACUCCACCAUCAUGACCCCACAAGUGUGUCUCCAGUUGGCCAUAGGGUCCUGGGCCAGCGGCGCACUAGUGUCUCUGGUAGAUACCACCUUUACUUUCCAACUUCCCUAUCAAGGACAGAACAUUAUCAAUCACUACUUUUGUGAACCCCCUGCCCUCCUGAAGCUGGCUUCAGCAGAUACUUACAGCACAGAAAUGGGCAUCUUUGCAAUGGGUGUGGUCAUCCUCUUAGCUCCUGUCUCCCUGAUCCUUGUCUCCCACUGGAAUAUCAUCUCCACUGUGAUCCAGAUGCAGUCUGGGGAGGGGCGGCUCAAGGCUUCCUCUACCUGUGGCUCCCAUCUCAUUGUUGUUGUCCUCUUUUAUGGAUCAGGAAUAUUUACCUACAUGUGGCCAAAUUCCAAGACCACAGAAUGGGAUAAAAUGAUAUCUGUGUUCUAUACAGUGGUGACUCCAAUGUUGAACCCCAUAAUUUAUAGCCUGAGAAGCAAGGAAGUCAAAGGAACUCUCAGGAAACUGGCUGGAAGAAAGCCCUUUUCUCAGAGACGGUGA